AUGGAACAAGGAGAAAGAUCCCCAAGAAGUUCGUUUACGCUACGAACUCACCGCCCUGGAGAUAUGGGUCUGAUUGUAUCUCGGCAUGGGGCGCUGUAUGCGGAAGAAUACGGAUGGAACGAGCGUUUCGAGGCUCUUGUCGCCAGAGUUGCGGCCGAUUUCCUCGAAAAUUAUAAGCCAACAUUGGAACGCUGCUGGCUCGCAGAACGCGACGGAACGUUCCUGGGCUCUAUCGUGUUGGCUCAGGACAGAGAGUCAAGCAAUACAGCUAAACUUCGGUUGCUCCUUGUGGAACCUAGCGCAAGAGGAAAGGGACUCGGGGCGACAUUACUACAGCAAGGCAUCGAUUUUGCGCGGGAUGCCGGCUACCAACGGAUCGUCCUUUGGACUCAAAACGUGCUCACUUCCGCGCGACGACUCUACCAGAAAGCCGGAUUCCGUCUGAUGCGACAAGACAACGAGGAGAAUUUUGGAGCGAAAAUGACGAAUGAGCAUUGGGAAAUGAGCAUAUCCAAGCAUGGCGGGCCAAAGCCAUAA